AUGUCUCAGGGUACUCUAUACAUCAAGCCAACCGGCAGAGGUUUGUUGACCAAAUCUUUGGCCAAAUACUUGGAUUUGGACAUCAACGUUGUCGACGUCAGCGAAAAUGUUGAAACUUACAAGAAGGAAUUCCCAUUGGGUUUGAUCCCAGGAUUCAAGGGCCCAGAAGGGUUCCAGCUAACUGAGGUCAUGGCCAUCGUCUACUACUUCAUCGAAUUGAAGGGCGAUGAGAAGAUUGCUGCCGUUUUGGCCGGUGCCAACCUAGAGGAGAAGGCUCAGGUUAUGAGAAGCCUCUCCUUCAUCAACACCGAGUUGAUCAUGCCAUUUGCAACUUACGCUUACAUGCAGUUGGGUGAGACCUCGUACAACAAGAAGAUCUCUGACGAGAAGAAGCAGUACGCCGAGAACUCCCUCACUCUAAUCAACAAGAGACUCCAGGAAUACACCUACUUGGCCACCGAGGAAGUCACUGUUGCCGACUUGCUUCUAGCCAGCUUCUACAGCUUCAUCUCCAUCCUCGUUGUUGGUGACGACUUCAGAGCCAAGUUCCCAGCCGUGGCCAGAUGGUACAAGACUGUCUCGAACCACCCAAUUCUAAAGGGUGUGUUCGACACCUCCAAGUUCUUGAAAAAAUCCGUGGUCUACCAGCCACCAAAGAAGGAGUCCAAGAAGGCUGACAAGCCAAAGGCUGCCGAAAAGCCAAAGGCCGCUGAAAAGCCAAAGGCCGAGGAGCCCCCUGCUGAGCCAAAGAAGCCAAAGCACCCUCUAGAAGCCCUUGGCAAGUCCACUUUCAGUCUGGACGACUGGAAGCGUAAGUACUCCAACGAAGACACCAGACCCGUCGCUUUGCCUUGGUUCUGGGAACACUACAACCCAGAGGAGUACUCUCUAUGGAAGGUCGACUUCAAGUACAACGACGAGUUGACUUUGACCUUCAUGUCCAACAACCAAGUUGGUGGUUUCUUCAACAGACUAAGUGGCUCCGUCAAGUACAUGUUCGGCUGUCUCGUGGUUUACGGUGAGAACAACAACAACGGUAUCACCGGUGCUGUCAUGCUAAGAGGCCAGGACUUUGCCCCUGCCUUUGACGUCGCUCCAGACUGGGAAUCCUACUCCUACACCAAGCUAGACGCUUCCAAGGACCAGGACAAGGAGUUCAUCAACAACAUGUGGGCUUGGGACAAGCCUGUUGUCGUUGACGGUCAAGAAAAAGAGAUUGUUGACGGUAAGGUGUUGAAAUAA